GAACUAUUUGGCAGCCCACCAAAAUUGUUUUGGUAUAGAAAAUUACUUCUACCCAAAAGUGCAAAUCCUCCUAAAUCCAACGACGGAUGAGUUUGAUCCUCAAAUCUAUUUAUAUAAUCACCUUCAUUAGUAUGAUCUUACUUAUAACAGAAUUAGCCAAACCAUAUCUCAACCAAAACUAUUACCUCUCUCUCUUUUCUCUCUAACAAACACUCCAUAAACGGAAAAGAAAAGCCACACAACAAUUAAUUAAGUUGUUAAAUUUUUGUGAGAUGGAGAGGAGUUUAUCAGGAAGUAGUGAAGAGGAGAUGUCAAUAACGAAAGGUCCAUGGACAGAGGAAGAGGAUUCUGUUCUCUUCAAUUACAUCACUGUCCAUGGGGAAGGUCACUGGAACUCUGUCGCUCGCUACACAGGUCUAAAACGAACAGGCAAAAGCUGCAGAUUAAGAUGGUUAAACUACUUGCGUCCAAAUGUUCGACGUGGGAACAUAACCCUCGAAGAACAGCUCUUGAUUCUUGACCUCCAUUCCCGUUGGGGCAACAGGUGGUCGAAAAUAGCUGAACAUUUACCAGGAAGAACAGACAACGAGAUAAAGAACUAUUGGAGAACGAGAGUGGUAAAGCAGGCUAAGCAACUAAAGUGUGAGGUGAACAGCAAGCAAUUCAGGGACACGUUGCGUUUUGUGUGGAUGCCACGUAUGUUAGAGCGGAUCCAAGCUCAGGCCUCAUCAUCAUCAUCAUCAUCAUCAGGCCAAGCCCACCAAACCACGUUAAUCUCCAACGCUCAAGCACACAGUGACCCUUGCGGAGUCAUGACGACCAACCCAAGUUUGUUGUCGGAGGUGUCAUCAUCAGCCCUUGAUGCCCACGCGCCUUCUCUCUAUGACUCUAGUGCGUCUUACAAUCUAAUGGGUGGUGGUAGUUCCUCAUCGUAUAGUGCAGAAUAUUGCUACUACUCGGACAUAGCAGGAAAUGGUUUUGGUGGUUCGGACUUGUGGACGGAUGAAAAUAUUUGCUUUCUGCAACAGCUGCUCGCUGAUCAUGACUUGUCGUGAAACAUGCAUCUUUGUUUUAAACUUAGGUGAAAUUAAUUUGCAUCUAUCAAGUAUCAACGUAACUAUUAUUAUGUAUACUUCAAUUAAUUUCAAGAGAACUGCUAUUUGUUGUAAAUUUAAUUUAGCCUGAUUUCUAAGAGAUAAUGAUGAGUAUUUUAAUUUCCCAGAA